AUGAUUUCCAAGGACGUUGACGCGACAGAGAUCGCCACCCAGUGGAUCACCAGCUUCAACAAGGCCGCGACGGAUGGCGACCUCAACGCGUUUGUCAAACACUUCCUGCCGAAUGGAUGGCUUCGCGACGUGCUCUGCUACGCAUGGGACUUCCGCUCCAUCGACGGGCACGCCAACCUCACCUCCUUCCUCUCCGAGCCCCUCGGGUCUGGCACGCGUUUUUCCACCGUCGGGAUGCACGACAUCGAGCUCGACUCGGCCAGCACGCUCGGCGGGCCAUCUACGUUUCCUGUGCCUGGGACGGAGAUUGUCGGGAUCCAGGCUGUGUUCCGGUUCACGCUGCGGGAGCCCGCCGCGAGAGGACGGGGGUACUUGAGGCUGAUGCCGUCGCAGGAGGGGUACAAGGCGUUUGCAGUGUACACGGCGAUGCACGAGCUUGUGGGACACGAGGAGCCGACGGAGAGGCCGAGGGGUAUUCCGCUGGAUGCGACGAAAAUGACGACGUGGGAGGAGGACAGGGAGAAGGAGGUCGAAGCUAUCGAGAGCGAUCCUACGGUGCUCAUUAUCGGCGGUGGUCAGUGCGGCCUGAUGGCCGCUGCGCGGUUCCGUCGCAUGGGCAUUCGCGCCUUGAUAAUUGAGAAGACGCCUCGCAUCGGCGAUGUCUGGCGUAACCGGUACGGCACGCUCACCCUUCAUCUUCCUGCCCACUAUAGUUCCUUCCUCUACCAGUCCUACCCUAAGAACUUCCCUCAGUACAUCGGCCGUACGAGGCUCGCAAACUUCAUGGAGUCCUAUGCAAUCCAGCAGGAGCUCACCAUCUGGACGUCUUCGACUCUUCUACCCAACCCCGCGCCUGUGUUCGACGAGACCACGAAGCGCUGGACUGUUGUCGUCAACCGCGCGGGCAACCACGUCACGCUCAACCCGAAGCACGUCCUACUCGCUAUGGGCAUCGGUGCGCCUUACACCCCGGAUAUUCCGGGUCAGGACAAGUUCAAGGGCGAUGUGUAUCACUCGGACUUCCACCCCGGCGCCGCGAAGUACAAGGGCAAGAAAGCUGUUGUCAUCGGCGCUGGCAAUGCGUCUGCAGACGUGUGCCAGGACCUCGUCUCCAAGGGCGCGGCGUCGACGAUGCUCGUACAGCGCACCGCGACGCUUGUCCAUUCACUCACAGCCAACGAGGCGCGGCUAACCCCGCUUUACCCCGAGGACCGCAAUCUCGAUGACGCCGAUCUGCUGCAGGACUCGAUGCCGCCGCGGCUGCUGAUACAGCUGGCCGAGCGGAACCUGGAGGAGCACAAGAAGCAUGACGCGGAGCUGCACAAGGGGCUCAAGGAGAAGGGGCUCAAGGUCACGUGGGAAUACAAGGGCAUCAAAGCGGGCAUUCUCGGAUUUUUGUAUGAGAAGCUGGCGGGGAGCACAAUGCUCGACACGGGCAUCGGUGACCUUAUCAUCAACGGGCACGUCAAGGUCAAGCAGGGUGUCGAACCCUCGCACUUUGAGGAGAACGUCAUUGUGUUCAACGACGGCUCCAGGGUCGAGGCCGACCUCGUCGUCCUUGCCACGGGCUACCUCCCAGCAGGCGCAGGCGUUGAAACGCUCAUGGGCCCCGACAUCGCAGCCAAGGUUGGCCCCGUGUGGGGACUCGACAAGGGCGGUGAGCUCCGCCGGGCAUGGCGCCCCACGGGCCAGCAGGGCUUGUGGGUCUUCCCGGGCGGAUUCCAGCAGGCGAGGUACUACAGUCGGCACCUUGGGCUGCAGAUCCUCGCCGAGGAGCUGGGGAUCAAGGGUACUACGGAGGCUGUUCCCGGUGAGUCGCCAGGACGCGGUUGUACUUAUGAAGGUUUAUAA